AAACGACGCCAUAUUGACAACAAAUGAAAAUUUUUUUUAAGAGAUAUUAUCUAAUUUCUUCGCUUUUAUGGACUUUAUAGUAUAUAUAGUUCGUAAUGGAUGAUAGCUGAUGAUGGCUACUUUCAGCAACAUUCACUCGAAAGACGGGUCUAAGGCCCGAUUUUGGAAGAAAGAAUCGAAAGUUCCAGGAAGCAUCACACCUGUGUAUGGAGCACAACAUCCCCCUAAACUAGAUACACCUUCCAGUUCUAAUAGUACCUCACCCAAAAAGUCUCGUCAUCGGGAAAAAGAUUCAUUUGAGGCAUUUGAAAGUAAAACAGAAGAUGCUUGGGACGAUGGGGAUGAUGACAUGUUCCUUAUGCCCAAUAUGAAGAUGUCAUUGAAGGAUGUUCACUCUACGGCUAUGGAAGUCAUUAACAAUCACAGUCUUCGGGUACAGACUGCAAAUGGCACUGAAGAUCGAAAUGCAGCAGAUAUACAUACAGGGGAUGCAGUGCCUCCACUCAAUCCACAUCACCACAGGCUAGGGGGUCCAGGGAUGGGGGUCCGUAUGAAUAGUGGAAACGGAACCCCUAACAGCAAUACAAAAAUAACACCUCUCCGAUUUGCCAACAUGCCAGUGCCAGAUCGGGAAGUGGCAAAAAUAGAAAAAUUUGAAAGUUUACUCAGUCAGAACAACUUAGAUUUAGGAGAUUUAAGAAAGCUCAGCUGGUCAGGGAUUCCUAAGCAGGUUCGACCCACAUGCUGGAAAAUUUUAUCAGGUUACCUACCUGCCAGUUUGGACAGACGCCAACCAACUUUAGAACGCAAAAGAAAAGAAUAUUUUAGUUUUAUAGACCAAUACUUUGAUACUCGGCACCAGGAGAUCCAUCAAGACACAUUCAGACAGAUUGAGAAAGAUAUAAACCGUAUGGAGAGAUUUAUUGCUGAGAACUCAUGGGUCUCACAGAUCCAUAUAGACAUCCCCAGAAUGAACCCACUUAUUCCCAUAUUCCAACAACCUGUAGUCCAGGAGUUGUUUGAACGCAUCCUAUACAUUUGGGCAAUCAGACACCCUGCCAGUGGUUAUGUGCAGGGUAUCAAUGACCUAGUCACACCUUUCUUUGUGGUCUUCCUAUCACAGUAUAUUGACAAUGAUAUUGAGCUUGACAACUGUGACCUCACCCAGCUUCCAAAGGAGCGUUUGGAGACUAUAGAAGCUGACAGUUUUUGGUGCAUGUCUAAACUGCUUGACGGAAUACAAGACAACUAUACAUUCGCUCAACCUGGCAUCCAGAAAAAAGUCAAUGAGUUGAAGAAUCUAAUUAAACGAAUUGAUGUUGAUCUACACAACCACUUAGAAAGACAAAAUGUCGAGUUCUUGCAGUUUUCAUUUCGUUGGAUGAACAAUCUGUUGACCAGAGAGUUGCCUUUACGCUGUACUAUACGCCUAUGGGACACAUAUUUGUGUGAGCCAGAUGGUUUCGCCAGCUUCCACCUUUACGUAUGUGCAGCAUUUCUCAGCCGCUUUUCAGCAGAUUUGAAAAGAGAGAAAGAUUUUCAGGGGUUGAUGCUAUUACUACAGAACCUCCCCACACAUCAUUGGGGGAAUGAAGAAAUUGGCCUCAUGCUAGCGGAGGCUUAUAAACUGAAAUACAUGUUCGCCGAUGCACCUAGCCAUGUCAAGAAAAGGUAGUGAAUAGCCAGUGAAGACCUGGUGUAUGUCUAUGACUACUAUGAGACUAGUGAAGACGAGGGAAUAGCCAAUGCAGUAGAAAAUGGAAGGAAAGUGUAACUAGGGCAAAUCUAUCACUUGAUGUAUCUAUUUACAGUGUAAAAAAGCAACACUAGGACAUAGAAGCUCUUAAUGUGUCCAGUUGGAAUCAUCCUCCUAAGUAGGUAUCC